GAAGCAAUUUUUCCCACCUAUACGGCGGUUACAGCAUCGCUUGGCAGUCUAUUUGAGUCGGUGUCAUUCUCUAAGGCCGAGGAGCACAAUAGGGCGUGAUGGGGAGCUUCCAUGUCUCUGUCUGGGCUGUUCCUGUGUUCAUCUUAAUGCUAUGGACAACAGCAGAUAAUGCGCAUGGGCAACGACCAGCGAAAAGGGCGGGUCCUACUACAGAACAGUGUCUUCCUGGAAAGUUGAACGUGAGGGUGCUAUCGCGCCCUACCGAAGUAGGCGUCACCUGGACACGCUUCGUUCCUAGACAAGGCUGCAUAAACUCUGGUGCCCUGUAUCAGAUUGUUGUCAAGUGGCAACCGAAGAACGAGGCAGAGCAGGAGGCUACAUGCAAGGUGGAAGAAAAGCACUUCGACGUUACCGGCCUGAAACCCGACACCCCAGUCACGAUAACUGUCUAUCUGAGCUAUACCGACGCAAAUGGAGCAAACCAUUUGGGACCGGAGACCAUUCUUGAGACUUCGACGGUUGUUGGCGAAUUGUUCUUUUCAGAGCCUUCCGCACCGAGAAACUUUACGUUGGAAACAUUAAGUCAUACACAAGCAACAUUUGUGUGGGAAGAUCCCGAAGUUCCAGGAGGUCUCUUGGAUGGUUACGCCUAUAAAGUGUGCGAAGUAGACGACUGCGAUUCUGAGAUGGACUGCGUAGAGGCUCUACGUGAAGCAACUGAGAGACACAAGCUUACUGUGAGACGUAUAGCACCCAAUCAGCACUACAGGGUGAAGUUGGCUGCAUACAACAUCCUGAAGCUGUCCCAAGAGGUGAUAUACGGGAACUAUUCGUCCUACUGCUUUAAGGCAGAAGCGCCCUCUCCAAUCCAUCCGAGAGAUUUGCAUGCCGAAUGCAAGGCCAAUCCGAACAGCAUCACGCUGACCUGGAAACUACCUCCUGAUGGAAAGGAACCCGACAGCUACGUCGUGGAAAUAACGGGAAGCACACAGAUAAACAAGGACAUCGCCAUCAAGGAUAUUUGUCAAGGACAGGAGUGCAAAUACUCGGUGGACGGAGUCCAAGGGGGCAUCACGUACGAGAUCAUACUCGUCGCUAAAGUCAAGGACACUGGUGCCGAUUCUGCUUUCACUAAGUGCAGGGUGGCCGAAUCUGCGCCUCCGCCUCCAACGCAAGAUAUUAAGCUGGUCUAUGACCCUCAGGGGUGGUGGGUGACCCCGAAGAAGACUCAGCAGGCAUUCCAGUUCCCUACAGACCUCUUCAGCAACAUCAACGGACAUAUCGACAUAGCGAUACUCAUAGCGCAGGAUUCGAAAAUAGAUGACUGCGAAAAUCCUGUUGCAUGGAAGGAAGCGAACUCCAAAGUGCCAGUGCCAUGCUAUAUACUCCAGGAUUUGUGGGUGGAUGGUGAUUGUAAGUAUGAAGGUACAGUAGUCAAUUGUACCUUGGGGACACGAGAGGAGUGCGACAGACAUUUCUGUAACGGACCGCUGAAAGUUGGUGUCAAGUACGGGUUGAAGCUGAGAGGCAUUACAAGAGGCGGCGAAACAGACUCGAAGCCCGUUUUCUUCACAGCCGGAAGUCCGCCCAAAUCGACAGGAAGUAGCGGAAGGACAGGUGACAGCUUGACGCUGAUUGGCGGGGUCCUUGUUCUCACAGUUUUCAUGAUGAGGCCGUAGACGCCAUUCCGUCUCCAGGAGUACCAUCUACAAAUCAUUAUGUCAAAAGUCACCUGCUAUGAUACUUCCAGCAGCUCGAGCAACUUCCGUUCACAGAUAAAACGGAGGAGUUAUCAACUUCAUUUAUCCUCAGGAAAAGAGAACAGAAGGAAAAUGGCUGAUAUCAAGUGCCGCCACCCACCAUUUUGUACAGACCUCUAGGCAAUGCGCGUUGUCAGCUGGGUGACCACUCAUGCGCAUCAUGCGUUUUCGUGAUCGCCUGUGUCAUUGAAGAUGUUUGUGCUUUUAAAGAUGUAGUUUCUCGAAGAAGGCCUCAAAGACAAAGUUCCGUUCAACACGAUUCAUACAGAGGAAUAACGAACAUUUAAUUUGUGCGUUUUUAAUAAAUGUUUCACAAUGAACACUAAAUGUA